AUGUUAUUUUCCAUUGUUCAUAGUCUUUCGCUGCAUGAGGUGAUGGAAGGAUAUCAUGCUUAUGGAAUAAGGAAGGAUAUAUCAUGCGUAUGGAAUAAGGAAGGAUAUCAUGCUUAUGGAAUAUUAUGCUUAUGGAAUAUCAUGCCUUUGGAAUUUGCUGUAACGAUUGAGGGGGAGUAUGAUUCGUAUAGGUUUCAUCCCAAUAUUUUCACAACUCUUUCUCCUCCGAAUAAAUAUUUACAGAAUGAAAGGAUUGUUUCUCUUCCUUCCAUUGCCAAGACUGAGGGACCCAAAUCUUUUGGGGCCAGAUUUGCAGCAACUCUUUCUUCACCAAAUAAUGCUGAGGGACCAGAAUCUUCGCUGGCUAGAAAUGAAGCAACUCUUUCUCCUCCGAAUAAAUAUUUACAGAAUGAAAGGAUUGUUUCUCUUCCUUCCAUUGCCAAGGCUGAGGGACCCAAAUCUUUUGGGGCUAGAUUUGCAGCAACUCUUUCUUCACCAAAUAAUGCUGAGGGACCAGAAUCUUCUCUUGCUAGAAAUGCAGCAACUCUAUCUUCACCGAAUAAUGCUUUACAGAAAAAUCUGUUGGUCACUCUUAAAUCAUCAUCAGACCCUGCAAAACUUGUGUUGGAUUCGAUGCAAGGGUCUUUGACGUAUUACUGGAGAAAUGGAGAUGUUAGUUCCAAAGAAAAGGUUGUAUCUGGUAACAUUACUCUAUUGAAGAUUCUAAUGGGACUAUCAACACCUGUUGGACCUCAUCUGAAAGAAAAUGCAACAAAUCUAGCAUCCCAGUGGAAAGAAAAGUUGAGAGCUGAUACUGAAGAUUCAUUGGAGAGUUUGGGAUAUUUGCUGUUUAUAGCUAUGUAUGGAUUGCUUGGAACCUUACAUGAAGAUGAGAUUGUAAUGCUUCUUAGAAGGGUUUCGCAGCAUAAGCGGUCUCUGGAGUUAUGUCAGACACAUGGUUUUGCAGAUUAUGUCCCUGAUUUUAUACAGAAGCUUAUUGAAAGGAAGCUACUGAUGGUGGCUGUUAGAUCUAUUUAUGCCUUCAAAUUAUUUGACAAGCUCCCCCCAGUGCCACUCUUAAAAGAACAUGUGGAUGAUGUAAUGAUGUGUUCCGAAGUAAUUUACAGGUCACAGAUUAUACCUGAUGAAAAGGAUAAGGCUCUGGAUGGUAAAAUAGCUGAUCUCAGAGCUGCCAUUCAAUGCAUCAAAGAUUACAACCUCGAGUCUGAAUACCCGUCCAAGACUGUUGAAUUGCAAAUAGUUCAGCUUGAUGAAAUGCGCAAGGCAAAAUGGAGAAGUUUGGAACCAUCUCUGGUACCCAAAGUUGAACAAGAAGAGAGAAAAAGGAAGAAGCCUUGUAGUAGCUCUUCUGCCUCAAAGUUACAACCAGGAAAGGUGCUAAAAAUAAAAUUCGUCUUCAGUGGUUCGAGACCUUAAUGUGAAGCUCCACUCGUCCGAACUAUGAAGGAACUGCUUUACAUUGUAAUCCGGGGAUACCCUUUCCCUCUGCAUAUCGGUGAAGAUAGUCUACCAUGCACUCCUAAUUGCAUUCAUGGCACAGCUUUUAGGAAAAGCUCUUGUAUUUUGACCGAAACUGUUGGUAGAAACUGGAAAGUAGAGACCCUUGACAAAGGUGAAUAUAUAUGUAGUAGUGCUUGAAAUGGUGUCCAGUGUUAAUUGGGAUGGUUUUAGCUUGUGUAAUAUUCCAGGUUAGUCUAAGCCGGUUAAGCUCAUUUUUAUAUUAAUGGGGUUGCUCACUUUAAAAUUUUU